ACCGAACUGAACUCUGUGGCCGGACUUCCCUCCCCGCGGGCGGUCUCGGUGGACUCUUUCCCCGCCUUCUGCAAGGAAUCUGGUGGCCCCGGGCCGCGCGGCAGUCUCACCAGGCAACAGCAGCGGGAUGGCCAGGGCGGCGAGCGUAGCCCCGCGCUUUCUGCGCGCGCUUUGGUCGCGGGUCCCUCGCUCGAGCCCCGCGCGGGCCGCGGCGGGAGGCGCUCCCCGAAGGUUCGCGGCUCCAGCGGCACCUACUCGUCGCCUGGACCUGCAGGGUAUCUAUCCGCCUCUGGUCACCCCUUUCACGUCCCAAGGCCGUGUAGAUUACGCACGGUUGCAGGAGAAUCUGAGCCUCUACGCCGAGAUUCCUUUCCGAGGUUUUGUAGUACAUGGUUCCAAUGGAGAAGCUCCCUACUUGACGCAAGAGGAAUGCCUGGAAGUAGUGAUGCGGGUACUCCAAGCUGUGCCUAAGGAAAAGCUCCUGCUUGUUGGAUCAGGAUGUGAAUCGACUCACUGCACCAUUGAGAAAACAAAACAAAUGGCUGACAAGGGUGCUGAUGCUGCUCUUGUGGUAACUCCUUGCUACUUCCGUGGAAGCAUGACCAGUGCUGCCUUGAUCCACCAUUACACCCAGGUGGCUGAUGCAUCUCCAAUACCUGUGAUACUCUACAGUGUUCCCGCCAACACGGGUCUGGAACUGCCCAAUGAGGCAGUGCUCAGCCUUGCGCAACAUCCUAACAUAGUGGGGAUAAAGGACAGUGAUGGCAAUAUUACACGCCUGGGGCUGCUUGUCCACAAGACCCAGAAUGAAGACUUCCAGAUACUGGCAGGAUCAGCUGGUUUUUUGCUAGCCAGCUAUAUUGUAGGUGCUGCAGGAGGAGUCUGUGCCCUUGCCAAUGUGCUAGGCAGUCCUGUCUGUCAGCUUGAGCAUCUUUGCCAUGCUGGAAAUUGGGAUGAAGCCCGUGAACUGCAGCACCGAUUGAUUGAGCCAAACAUUGCAGUCACCCGUAAAUUUGGGGUCCCAGGUCUCAAGCAGGCCAUGGAGUGGUUUGGUUAUAAGGGAGGCUUCUGCCGUGCCCCCUUACUCCCAUUAACUGAGAUACAAGUAAUGGAACUACGCCAUGACUUCAGCUCCAAUGGUUGGCUCUAAAGGACAAAGCAGUUUUAAGCAAUGCCUGGAACCUUGCUGCAGGCAAUUACUUUCAAAUUGGGAAAAGCUCACAUGCCUUGCAAUUUACUUAAAUACAGCUCAUUCAACUCA